GCGGCCCCGGCCGUGUAACAUGACCCGAGCGGCUGGCCGGCCAGCGCGGCGCGGCCAUUGAGCCCUCCCUGCCCAUGAAUCUCUGGCGCGUCUCUCGCUCGCUCGCCCGCUCGCCUCCCGCCUCCCUUUCUCCCCCUCCAGCUCCGCGGGCUCGGUGCGCCUCUCCCUCUCCCUCCCGGUCCUCCCGCUGCCCGUCUCUCUCCACUGCCCGCCUCUCGCCACUGCCUCCCGUCUUCUCUCCCUCUCGGCAGCCUCGGUCUCUUUCUCCCUCUCUCCUUUGAAAACUGAUCUUUGGCUCUUAGUGUGAAAGUGAUUUGAAUUUGGCUCGGCGGCUCUCUGCGCCUGCGCCCAGCCUCUGGCAUGCUGGCUCCUUCCAAGCAGCUGUUUUGGGUUUGAAAUUCCAACAUGGCAGAGGCUGCAGUCCGUCUUCCCUUCAAAAACUUGGAAUGAUUUCAAAUCAUAGGCACCUUCACUUAACCCUAGCUUCCAUUCAUCAGCAAACACAUCGGAUCGAUGCUACGCUAACCUAUCGGGUUUUCGCUCCGCGCGUUCAGGUUAAAUGAAUACCUGACGAAAGGGCCCACGUUUCAAGGCAGUGACAUUUGAUAGCUGAGAGGAAAAGUGGCUUUAAUGAAAAGCAACCUUUGGAAUUCCUGCUUGUGAGAAAUCCAAUUCAGCUUUUUGUGCUGCCAGCAAGAAAUGAUCAGUAGCACCAGUGUUUAUGAUACAAGUUUUACAUAUAUCCCUAGGAUUGCAUUUGGAAAAACGUGGGAAAUACAUGUGCCCUAAGCAUCUAUACCUAUUCAGAUGUCUCCUGACUACAGUUCGUUGUGCAGCGGCUUGUUCCUACCACCUUCAUUAUAAUAUCACCCUUGGAAAGCAGUUCACUAAUGAAGAGAGAAUUGUCCAAGUCAUCAUCCAAUUUACACACUGGAAAACUGGAUGGACAGAGCGGAGUCACAAUCAUGUUUGGUUAAAAUCAGCAAAGGCUGUCUUGACUAAUAUGUCUAAAUAAGAUAUGGCCUCACAUUUUCGGGCUGGGAAUUAUCAGGAAAUGGACUGAGGAAGAUUUCAGAUCAAGUGGGUUAGUCCGGGGAAUACUAGACACUGCUGUGUUGGCCUCUUGGCUUCUGAGGGUGAGGCUCCAGAAGGGGAAUACUACUGGGUCUGCUCAAACAUUUCAUUUGCUCAUCGCUCCCCUGGAAGGAUCAUGAUAAGGAGAUACUACAUCGGGCCAGUUUUCACUACCAGGAGGCUUGAAGAUGCAGUGGACGCCGGAGCAUGCCCAGUGGCCAGAACAGCACUUUGACAUCACCUCAACCACUCGGUCUCCUGCCCACAAAGUGGAAGCCUACAGAGGUCAUUUGCAGCGCACCUAUCAGUACGCCUGGGCAAAUGAUGACAUUUCUGCUCUGACUGCAUCCAACCUACUCAAAAAAUAUGCAGAGAAGUAUUCUGGCAUUUUAGAAGGCCCCGUGGACCGACCUGUACUCAGCAACUACUCCGAUGCCCCAUCGGGCCUCGUGAACGGUCGGAAAAAUGAAAGCGAACCCUGGCAGCCUUCCUUGAAUUCCGAAGCUGUUUAUCCCAUGAACUGUGUUCCGGAUGUUAUCGCUGCCAGCAAAGCUGGAGUCAGUUCAGCCCUCCCUCCAGCAGAUGUCUCUGCGAGUAUCGGGAGCUCUCCUGGGGUGGCCAGCAACCUGACAGAACCGAGUUAUUCAAGUAGUACCUGCGGGAGCCACACUGUACCUAGUCUCCACGCAGGGCUCCCGUCUCAGGAAUAUGCCCCGGGAUACAACGGAUCGUAUUUGCAUUCUACUUACAGUAGCCAGCCCGCACCUGCACUUCCCUCACCUCAUCCUUCUCCUCUGCAUAGCUCCGGGCUCCUCCAGCCGCCGCCGCCGCCACCUCCACCACCAGCCCUGGUCCCAGGCUACAAUGGGACUUCUAACCUCUCCAGUUACAGCUAUCCCUCCGCUAGCUAUCCUCCUCAGACUGCUGUGGGAUCCGGGUACAGCCCUGGCGGUGCACCUCCUCCUCCUUCAGCGUACCUGCCUUCAGGAAUCCCUGCUCCUACCCCUCUGCCCCCCACCACUGUUCCUGGCUACACCUACCAGGGUCAUGGUUUGACACCCAUUGCACCCUCGGCUCUGACAAACAGUUCGGCAAGUUCCCUUAAAAGGAAAGCUUUCUAUAUGGCAGGGCAGGGAGAUAUGGACUCCAGUUAUGGAAAUUACAGCUAUGGCCAACAGAGAUCUACACAGAGUCCCAUGUACAGAAUGCCCGACAACAGCAUUUCAAACUCAAAUCGAGGGAAUGGCUUUGACAGAAAUGCUGAAACAUCAUCCUUAGCAUUUAAGCCAACGAAGCAGCUAAUGUCCUCUGAACAGCAAAGGAAAUUCAGCAGCCAGUCCAGUAGGGCUCUGACCCCUCCUUCCUAUAGUACUGCUAAAAAUUCAUUGGGAUCAAGAUCCAGUGAAUCCUUUGGGAAGUACACGUCGCCAGUAAUGAGUGAGCAUGGGGACGAGCACAGGCAGCUCCUCUCUCACCCAAUGCAAGGCCCUGGACUCCGUGCAGCUACCUCAUCCAACCACUCUGUGGACGAGCAACUGAAGAACACUGACACGCACCUCAUUGACCUGGUAACCAAUGAGAUUAUCACCCAAGGACCACCGGUGGACUGGAGUGACAUUGCUGGUCUCGACCUGGUAAAGGCUGUCAUUAAAGAGGAGGUUUUAUGGCCAGUGUUGAGGUCAGAUGCAUUCAGUGGACUGACGGCCUCCCCUCGGAGCAUCCUUUUAUUUGGACCUCGGGGAACAGGCAAAACAUUAUUGGGCCGAUGCAUAGCUAGUCAGCUGGGGGCCACGUUUUUCAAAAUCGCCGGUUCUGGACUCGUUGCCAAGUGGUUAGGAGAAGCAGAAAAAAUUAUCCACGCCUCUUUUCUCGUGGCCAGGUGUCGCCAACCCUCGGUGAUUUUUGUCAGUGACAUUGACAUGCUUCUCUCCUCUCAAGUGAGCGAGGAACACAGUCCAGUCAAUCGGAUGAGAACGGAAUUUCUGAUGCAGCUGGACACUGUCCUGACUUCAGCUGAGGACCAAAUCGUAGUAAUUUGUGCCACCAGUAAACCAGAAGAAAUAGAUGAAUCUCUUCGGAGAUACUUCAUGAAACGACUUUUAAUCCCACUUCCUGACAGCACAGCGAGGCACCAGAUAAUAGUACAACUGCUCUCACAGCACAAUUACUGUCUCAAUGACAAGGAGUUUGCACUGCUCGUCCAGCGCACAGAAGGCUUUUCUGGACUAGACGUGGCUCAUUUGUGUCAGGAAGCAGUGGUGGGCCCCCUCCAUGCCAUACCAGCCACAGACCUUUCAGCCAUCAUGCCCAGCCAGUUGAGGCCCGUUACAUAUCAAGACUUUGAAAAUGCUUUCUGCAAGAUUCAGCCUAGCAUAUCUCAAAAAGAGCUUGAUAUCAACAUGGAGACAAUGUUGUCCUGCAUUCUUCAGUUCCAGAAGCUGGCAGAAGAAAGACCUUACGAGCUGUGAGCCCACUUUUUAGGGCUCACCGUGAUUAGGGAAUCCCAGUAGCAAGGGAAUAAAAUAAUUCUAGUCGCUAUGUACUAACAUUUGAGUUGAUAAAAACUCCAGCCUUCAAUUCUAAUUGUACAAUCCUUAAUACUCAAUCUUA